AUUCUAUUUGAAAUUGAAUAUUGAAAUUGAAUUACGUAGGUCAUAUCAUACUUGUUCUUGUGAAUAGUGAAAGAAAAUAGAAUAGUUGGAUCAAUCAAAGCCAUGGAAACACUUGAAAUCGGGAAACAAAGGUUUGAAAGUAGUAGUAGAAAUUGAAGAGCCUAAUAUUUAUAAAGCAUUCUGUUCGUUUCUCUAUGGGCAUCCAAAAAAACUAGAACAACUCUUAGAUUGUCUUUGUUUUGUUAAUAUUUGAGACCCGAUGUGAUUAUUUUUUUUUAAUUUUUCGUUGUGCAGGGGAUUGAAAGUAAUCUUUGAUCUAUUCCAAAUUAGUUUGGUUUACUGCCUUGCUGUUUCACAUUGAUUUAUUUGGUUGGAAAAAAAUAUUCCUUUCCACAAAAAAAAAAAAGUUGAAGUAUGGGGAAUUGAAAGAAAGAAGGCUCCAUUUGGUAUUUGGGAAUUCCAAGGACUUGUUUGGUUCAAUUUAAAAGUUUUGGUGGAAAAUCACUCUUGUUGCCAAUCACAAAUCAAAAAACUACUUUAAAAUCCUAUAUUUGUUUUUAUCGAAAUUAUCAAUUACUGCUAAAUAGUUAUUAAUUAUUAUUGCUUAAUUGUAAUUGAACAAUUCAAUUAACAAUUAUCUAACAGUGACUGAUAACUUUAAUGCAGUAAAUUAACAAUUUUGAUGAAGGACAUAGGAUUUCAAAGUAAUUUGUGAUUUCAUGAGAUUUUUUUAUAUUGAGAUUCUUUAUGUGAGAUGUUAGAAUGAUUUUUUUUUUUUUUGGGGCACAAACAUCAAUAAGCCUACAACUUGGGAACAUACUUACAUAUCCUAUACUUUCAAACAAAAACAAGACGUUUAUAUUCGUGGGCUAGCCUGCUUAAUAAAGUGAAGGCCCAGGAGAGCCCAUGCUUCGAGACUGCCACUUUGUUUAAAAAAAAAAUUAUAAGUGACCCAAAAAAGAAAUUGUAAAACGAUCGAGACUGCCAUCUCGCUCCCAUCUGCCCAUUUGAUCGUAUGCAUACCGGUGCCGGUAAGGGGCGAAGGGCGUAUGUGCCCAAUCAUAUUGUCGCUGUGACAGUUGUGAAGUUUGGGAACUGAAGGGGAGAGAUGGCCACAGAGAAGACUAAACCGAGACGACUGAGGGGUCACAAGGACACUGCUACGUUCUGUAUAGCUUCAAGCACCCGACCAGAUAUCGUCGUCACUUCAGGCGAGGAUGGUCGACUCUGCUGGUUUGAUAUGCGAUGCAGAGAAGCUCAGCUGGUUAUGGAUGCUAGCGAGGAACCCAUUUCAUCCAUGUGUUUCAGGCCAGGGAAUGAAGAUAUCAUUUAUGUCUCCUCAGGAAAGGAAGUCAAAUGUUUUGAUGUGAAUCUGGCAACCUCAUGGAAGCCUUUGGAGAGCUAUAAUUACAAUAAAGAGGAUAUAAAUCAGAUUGUAUGCAACUCAAAAUCUUCCUUUCUUGCUGCCGCAGAUGAUAGUGGUGAUGUGAAAGUAAUUGACAUUCGCCAAAAGUGCUUAUAUAAAACACUGCGAUCUGGCCACACAAGUAUUUGUAGCAGUGUGCAAUUUCUUCCUUGGAGAUCUUGGGAAGUUAUUAGUGGAGGCCUUGAUUCAAAGCUUCUAAUGUGGGACUUCUCCAAAGGGCGCUCAUCUGAGGUUAUGGAUUUUGGUUUGCCUGACUUGACAAGUUCUAGCAGCCUGGGCCAGUGUUUAAAUCCUGCUUUCGUUCAUGCAGUUGCUGUUCCAGAGGUUGACAUGCUUGAUAAAUUCGACAAGGUAUGUGCUGUAGCUAGGGGUGAUGGUGCUGUAAGUGUAAUAAGUAUUGAAUCAGGCCUCGCAGCUCCAAAAGCAAAAGGCUCCAUAAAACCCCGGAAGGGAUCUCAAUCAAAAUCAAAAGAUGGCAGUUCAUCUACCAAUAUGGGUGCGGAUCAAAAUGGAAAGACACUGCAUUUGGAUUCCUCAUUGGGUGGCCAUUCGGCGGCUGUUUCUUGCGUGGCCUUUUCGUUAUUUGGAGAGAGAGGGAAGUACAUACUAUCUGGUGGAAAUGACUGCUCGGUGAAGUUAUGGAAUUGUUCCAGUUAUUUUCAUGCUGGAUCAAGCAGCAGCAACAGCGAUUUUUUAUAUAUGAACAUCACUCUGCCUGAAAAAGUCAAUUGGCUGUGUACCCGACCUGCUGAAACAAACAACCUUAUUGUAUGUGACACAUCAAAAGUAGUAAAGGUUUAUUCUGGAUGUCAGGUUGCCCCGCGGGGCCCGGGGGGGCUUGGUAAAGGUGGCAUAGUUACAUCAAGGAAGUUUCACCUGAGGUACGCGAUGACUUCAACCCUUCAACCUCCGGAAAACAGCCUCCCACCACCACCAUCCUACUGCUCACCUUUCUUACUGAUUCUGUCACCAUCCUCUCCCAAGCUCAGCUUUAAUGGGCAUUUUCUACUUUCAUAUAAACUCAUUACGCUUCACCACUUCAAGAAGCGAAGGCUCCGAGAUUAUCAGAUGACGGAAUCUGGGGUUCUCCUCUGCAACACUUGUGGGGAACAAGUUGGGCUUAAUGCCAAUGGAGAGCUGUUCGUGGCUUGUCAUCACUGCGAUUUCCCAAUUUGCAAGUCUUGUUAUGAUUAUGAAAUCAAUGAGGGGCGAAGUGAGUGUCUGAGGUGUGGCAUUCCCUAUGAAGAUAAAACAAUUGAUAAUAAUGAGGCAGAGGGUUCUGGAAACCAAUCCACAAUUGCUGAUGAGUUCAGUAAUCCUCAGGAUGUUGGUCUACAUGCUAGACAUGUCAGUACAGUGUCCACUGUGGAAAGUGAAGUAAAUGGUGAAUCAGGGAAUCCAAUCUGGAAAAAUAGAGUAGAGAGCUGGAAGUCAAAGGACAAAAAGAACAAGAAAAAAAAGGAAAAGAAAGAUCAACCUAAGGCAGAAAAUGAGGCCCCGAUACCGCCAGAACAGCAGCAUAUGGAAGAAAUACAGCCAUCAUCAGAGGGUGCUGAGCCACUUUCGGCAAUCAUUCCAGUCUCAAGAACCAAAAUCUUGCCAUACAGAAUUGUGAUUAUUAUGCGACUAAUAAUCCUGGGGCUUUUCUUCCAUUAUCGAGUUACAAAUCCUGUUGAUAGUGCUUAUCCUCUGUGGUUGACAUCGGUCAUCUGUGAGAUAUGGUUUGCAUAUUCCUGGGUGUUAGAUCAGUUCCCUAAAUGGUCUCCCAUCAACAGGGAAACCUACCUUGACAGGCUGUCUGCAAGGUUUGAAAGAGAGGGUGAACCCAAUGAGCUUGCUGCUGUAGAUUUCUUCGUCAGUACAGUCGAUCCUUUGAAAGAACCACCAUUGAUCACUGCAAAUACAGUUCUUUCUAUCCUUGCAGUAGACUAUCCUGUCGAUAAAGUUUCCUGUUAUGUGUCAGAUGAUGGUGCUGCGAUGCUGUCAUUUGAAUCUCUUGUAGAGACAGCUGACUUUGCAAGGAAAUGGGUUCCAUUUUGCAAGAAGUAUUCAAUUGAACCACGAGCUCCUGAGUUUUACUUCUGUCAGAAGAUUGACUACUUGAAGGACAAAAUUCAGCCUUCUUUCGUCAAAGAACGUAGAGCAAUGAAAAGGGACUAUGAAGAGUUCAAAGUGCGGGUUAAUGCUUUGGUGUCGAAGGCUCAGAAAACACCAGAAGAAGGAUGGACUAUGCAAGAUGGAACACCUUGGCCAGGAAACAAGACUCGAGAUCAUCCUGGCAUGAUUCAGGUUUUCCUUGGACGCAGUGGUGCCCAUGACAUAGAAGGAAAUGAGCUUCCCAGGCUUGUCUAUGUUUCCAGAGAGAAAAGGCCAGGCUACCAACACCACAAGAAAGCGGGUGCUGAAAAUGCAUUGGUGAGGGUAUCUGCAAUUCUCACAAAUGCUCCCUACAUUCUCAAUCUUGAUUGUGACCAUUAUGUUAACAACAGCAAGGCUGUUCGGGAGGCAAUGUGUUUUUUGAUGGAUCCUCAAGUUGGCCGAGAUGUAUGUUAUGUACAAUUUCCUCAGAGAUUUGAUGGUAUUGAUCGUAGUGACCGAUAUGCCAAUCGCAAUGUAGUUUUCUUUGAUGUUAACAUGAAAGGACUUGAUGGUAUUCAAGGACCAAUGUACGUGGGAACUGGAUGUGUUUUCAAUAGGCAGGCACUUUAUGGCUAUAGCCCUCCGUCCAUGCCCAACUUACCAGGAUCCUCUUCAUCCUGCUGCUGCCCCUCUAAGAAGUCCACCAAAGAUGCUUCAGAGGUGUAUAGAGAUGCAAAGCGGGAAGAACUUGAUGCUGCCAUUUUUAAUCUCACAGAGAUUGACAAUUAUGAUGAGCAUGAAAGAUCAAUGUUGAUUUCACAAAGGAGCUUUGAGAAAACAUUUGGCUUGUCAUCUGUUUUCAUUGAAUCUACUCUAUUAGAGAAUGGAGGGGUUCCAGAAUCUAUAAAUCCCUCAAUGCUGAUCAAGGAGGCCAUACAUGUAAUUAGCUGUGGCUAUGAAGAGAAGACUGAAUGGGGAAAAGAGAUUGGCUGGAUCUAUGGUUCAGUUACUGAGGAUAUCUUGUCAGGGUUCAAGAUGCAUUGUCGAGGUUGGAGAUCAAUUUACUGUGUGCCAACGAGGCCUGCAUUCAAAGGGUCAGCACCCAUCAAUUUGUCUGACCGAUUGCACCAAGUUUUGCGAUGGGCUCUUGGAUCAGUUGAGAUUUUCCUUAGUAGGCACUGUCCACUUUGGUAUGGGUAUGGAGGUGGCCGCCUUAAAUGGCUGCAGAGACUGGCAUAUAUCAAUACUAUUGUUUACCCAUUCACGUCCCUUCCUCUCAUUGCUUAUUGUUGUUUGCCAGCAAUCUGCCUUCUCACUGGAAAGUUUAUCAUACCGACGCUUUCCAACCUUGCAAGUGUCCUCUUUCUUGGGCUUUUCUUCUCCAUCAUAGUGACCAGUGUGCUUGAGUUGCGUUGGAGCGGGGUUGGUAUCGAAGAUUUGUGGCGUAAUGAGCAAUUCUGGGUGAUUGGAGGCGUUUCUGCCCAUCUAUUUGCUGUCUUCCAAGGAUUUCUGAAGAUGUUAGCUGGUGUUGAUACUAACUUCACUGUCACUGCCAAGGCUGCCGAUGACACUGAGUUUGGUGAACUAUAUAUGAUCAAGUGGACCACACUCUUGAUUCCCCCAACUUCCCUUAUUGUGAUUAACAUAGUUGGUGUUGUUGCCGGGUUUUCUGAUGCACUUAAUGGAGGAUAUGAAUCCUGGGGUCCACUUUUUGGGAAGGUGUUCUUUGCCUUCUGGGUCAUUUUUCAUCUCUACCCAUUCCUCAAGGGUCUCAUGGGUCGUCAAAAUAGGACUCCAACUAUAGUUGUCCUAUGGUCAGUUCUUCUUGCCUCUGUCUUCUCUCUUAUAUGGGUCAAGAUAAACCCGUUUGUGAGCAAAGUGGACAGUACAACUAUCUCUCAGGAAUGCAUCGCUAUUGACUGCUAAGUCAAUAAAAGGAUGUGCAAAAGAUUUGGAUCGUGUUGAUUAUGAGUUCCUCUAAGUCAUAGAUAUGACUUCUUUUUUGAACUGUUCUGUAGCCGUUUGGCAGUGAGUUGAAAAUUUGUAUACUUUUUUAAAUUGGAGAAAAUCCUGUGUCAUCUUGUUUAAACAUCAGGUUACAGUUUGUCUAUGUAAAAAUGAUUGUAUUUCCAAUUGUGUAUUAUAUAUUGAGAUAAUACAGGGAAUUGGGAAUGAUUGACACGCA